AUGGCCAAAGAUGAUGAAAAAUAAAAUUAAAUAAAAGAUAUCAAUGAUGAUGAAUAACUACUAAGAAACUAAAGUACAAUUGUUAGUUCCACAUAAUCAUUUGUAAAAGUUGGAUAAGAAAAUAAUAGUAAAGAAUUCCUUUAAGGAUAGUCAGUCGUUUAUGAACCAGAAAACUAAGAGGAUUAAAUAGAUUUUGAAGAUGAACUUUAAAUAGAUGUUGAAUUUUCAAGAAAUAGUGAAAAAAUAAAUGACAAUGCUAAUGCAGUUGAAAAUUUUAUAGAGAGUUAAAAUUAAGUUGAUAAUGAGGUCUUGAAUUUUGAAUAAAGUAAAAAGGCAACAAUGACUAAAAUUUAGAGCAAAAUACCAUAUAGAAAUGAUGAUAUCGAUUCGAAUGAUUCGGGAGAAAACAAAGAUUAUGCUAGUCUUGAGAUCAGUAAUAGUUAAGAGAAUAAUGAAUAAUCUGACAAAUUAGAUGAGGUGAGAAUAAAAUUAAAUAGUGAGGAUGAAAAUGUAUAAGGAAUAUAAAAUUAUGAACCCUUUAAUAAUGAAGGUAUGAAUAGCAAAUGA